UGAUCGUGCAGUUUCGGGGUGAGGGUUUGGGAGGGGGAGCGAUGGCGAUGACGGCGGCGGCGGUGACGGUGCCGCUGGGGGUGCUGCUGCGGCGGGAGGUGACGAGCGAGCGGAUGGAGCGGCCCGACGUGCUGUGCGGGGAGGCGGCGCGCAGCCGCAAGGGGGAGGACUUCACGCUGCUCCUCGCCGAGGCCGGGGAGCGCGUCGCCGGCGACCCGUCCACCUCCUUCUCCGUCUUCGCGCUAUUUGAUGGGCACAACGGAUCUGGAGCGGCCAUGUACGCGAAGAAGAAUCUGUUGAACAAUCUUCUACGUGCCAUUCCUUCAGGUUUGAGCAGGGAUGAGUGGCUUGCAGUGCUUCCUCGUGCGCUUGUCGCAGCAUUUGUCAAGACAGACAAAGAUUUCCAGGCAGUAGCGGAAACUUCUGGUACCACUGUUACAUUUGUAGUAAUAGAUGAGUGGGUUGUAACGGUAGCAUCAGUUGGUGAUUCACGUUGCAUACUAGAAUCUGCUGAUGGUUCAUUAUACCAUUUGUCAGCUGAUCAUCGCUUUGACUCCAACCAAGAUGAGGUUCAACGUGUUACUGCAUGUGGAAGCAAGGUUGGGAAACUGAAUCUUGUAGGUGGCCCAGAGGUUGGUCCUCUAAGAUGUUGGCCAGGUGGUCUGUGCUUAUCUAGAUCAAUUGGGGAUAUGGAUGUUGGUGAAUGCAUCAUUCCUGUUCCUCAUGUGAAACAAGUGAAGCUAUCCAAUGCUGGAGGCAGGAUUAUCAUUGCAAGUGAUGGUGUAUGGGAUGAUUUGACUUUUGAAAUGGCACUUGAGUGUUCUCGUGGAUUCCCAUCAGAUAUAGCUGCCAAUCGAAUUGUGAAUGAAGCAAUUCAUCCUCGGGGACUAAGAGAUGAUACUACCUGCAUCGUGGUGGACAUAUUACCUCCAGAAAAACUAGCUCCAAGUCCUCCCACAAAGAGGCAGGGGAAGAUUGUAUUCAAUAAUAUGUUUCGCCGAAAACAUACAGACGUAUCCUUUAUACUAGAUCGAGAGUAUGCUGAGCCAGAUGAGGUGGAAGAAAUAUUUGACGAUGGUUCCGCUAUGCUUUCUAAAAGGCUUGCUGCAGGUUAUGCACUCCAGAGCAUGUUUGAGCCCUUCAGCUGUGCAGUUUGCCAAGUACAGUUGAAAGCUGGCCAGGGAAUUUCUGUACACAGCAAUCCAUUGCAACACGAAAAAUUGCAAGGAUGGCAGGGACCUUUCCUGUGCCAAAGCUGCAACGAAAAGAAAGACGCAAUUGAAGGGAAACGACCUCCAAGAGAUUCUUGAUCUACACUCUACAAUAACCAUGGUUUUGCUGAGUGGUGACAAGUGGCAGGCCCAUUUGUUGGAGACAUUCCUUCAUACAAUCAAUAUUCUUUUGUUCGUUACUAGAAACACUAGUCAAACCAGAGUUAUUUUGCUACAUUGUUCUCUGUAGUCAAGUAAUACAAAGUAUUCUUGGCAAAAUAGAUUGAAGAUUUGUUAAUUGGUUGGAUUAACAUAGCACUAUCUAACAAGUUGGAUUAACAUAGAAAACAGCUUCUUGUUCAGAAGAGAAUAGUAGAAUCCUGAGCAUGGCUUAGUUUUCCCAUGCCAUUUCAAUGUAUAGAAAUCAUUGUACAGCGGCCUACAGGAUCACAAGUAUUCUUUUGUUAAUUUGUAGAUGGAUUGACUACUCUAAUGGUUCCUAAAAGAAAUACUCAAUACUAAGUACUGACUGUUCGAGUUCUUCAGUUAUUUCUUUUUUUC